AAAAGAUAAGGAGAGAGAGAGACACAGACACACACUCACCAACUCCCCAUCUCCUCUACUUUGCUUCCCUUCCCAUCCAAGCCUCUGUCUCACUCUCUUUCCCUCUCUCUUUCUUUCAGACACUCUCUCUUUCUAGGCUUAACCUCUGUAAAAAUAUUGAGCUAAGCAAACCAACCUUAGAACUUGUUUGCAAAAUUAUACAACAAUGGGUUCUGUUGGGAACCAAAAUCCUUGGUCGCCAUAUGAUACUGCUUAUAGAGAUUGCUCCCAAGGAAUUUGUAGCAUAUAUUGUCCACAAUGGUGCUACAUAAUCUUCCCUCCUCCGCCUCCUUUUACUCUCGGCGAUGAUGAUUCCGGCACUGAUUUUUCUCCUCUAAUUAUAGCCGUUAUCGGUAUCUUGGCUAGCGCUUUUAUUUUAGUGAGUUACUAUACUAUCAUUUCCAAAUAUUGCAGACGCCGAGGCAGCCACCCUGAGAAUACGAUGGAAUUGGAUGGGAAUCGCGACCAAAUCAGUAGUGAAGCUUGGCAAAGCAUCAAUGGCGGAUUGGAUGAGUCUAUUAUUAAAUCAAUUACUGUUUGCAAAUACAAAAAAGGUGAUGGGUUUGUUGAUGGCUCUGAUUGCUCUGUUUGCUUAAGUGAAUUUCAAGAAAAUGAAGACUUAAGAUUGUUGCCUAAAUGUAGCCAUGCAUUUCAUCUUCCUUGUAUUGAUACUUGGUUAAAGUCUCAUGCCAGUUGUCCUCUUUGCCGUGCCAAUAUCGCUUCUACAAAUUUUUUACCACCGCCGGAAACUCAAGAAGCUCCUCCUCCGCCAACUAGCACUACUACUACGGCUGCCCAUGAAUAUCAACAUAUAGUGAACGAUGCCGUUUUGGUUAUUCAAGAUUGCGAAGAACCUUUGGUUAGUCUUGUUAAUGUUAGCCGUGGCGGCGGCGGCGGAGAUAUGCCAAAGCCUGCAAUUCAAGAUUUGGAAUUGAACAGACAAAAUAUGGAAAACGAAAAUAUUCUUGAAAUUAGAGAUGAUCCUAUUAUUCAACCAAUUAGAAGUGAUGAUGAAGAAGAAGAUGAUGGAAUUAGAGAAACAGAGAAUAAUAAUAGAAUUGGGAUCUUCAAUAUGGUGAGAAGUCCUCCAGCAAUGAGAAGAUCAUUUUCGACGGGAAGAUUCAUGUUCACAAGGUAUGAGAAAGACAGGAGUUCUAUGAUAUAUUCCUAAUUGAAUGGACAUAAUUUUUUUUUUCUUUUUCUUUUUCUUUUUCUUUUUCAUGUGUAAAACCAUAAUUUUCUUCUUUCUUCUUCUGUAACAUAACUAAAAAAUUAAUAUAGAAAAUUGACGGUGAAGAUUCCUUAUUUGUA